GAGAAGCUUUGCAAGUGCUCAACUGAACAGAAUGGGCUGUAGAAUAAUACUCAGAAGAUCUUCAAUUGAUUCUGAUUCAAUACAUCUGUGAGUAACUCACUGGAAUCUAUUACAUUGUGUGGAGUAGAUGAUUUUCUUUGGAUACCUGAUUGCACAUUUCAAGAAACAGAAAAAGUGAAUCUGAACAUUGGUGCGAAAACUGAAGUUGUGGAAAUGUAUUUCUAUUAAAACAUCAUAUAUAACAUUUAAAGAAAACACAAGGAUUGUUAAUGAACCAGCAGUAAUUAUCUAAGGUUUUCACAAGAGUUUUCAAAACUGAGAGACUAAAGAACAUAAUUCCGAGCAAGAACAGGGGAUUGUAUUAUAAUCCUGUUUAAGAAUGCCUUUGGAAAUGUUGGCAUGAGUCUCUCACAAAACCGAGUACAGAACACAGAAAUUUCUUGUGGAAUUUUUCUAUGUCGUGUUGUGGAAAAGUUAUUGAAUCUGAAUUUCAAAAGCAAAUCAACUUAUCUACUUUAAGAACACAAUCUGCUUCCAUAUUUGGCUGGUGAAUGUGCAUAGAAAGGUCAACUUGAGUUAUCCGUCAUGGGGUUUGCUGAUGUGUUGGAGAGAACUGGAGGAAUGGGGCGUUUCCAGGUCACACAGGUUAUAUUGCUGUGUUUUCCUAUAUUACUGAUGGCAAGUCAUAACCUUCUGCAGAAUUUCACUGCUGCAAUACCAAACCACUGGUGCAAAAUAAACGAUACAUGGGUACUUAACGGCAGCAAGGAGGGCUGGGUGAGCUUGUACAGCCCCUUGGAUGAAAAUGGGAGGCCAAAUUCAUGCCUGGAAUUUGUCGAAAUACAGUGGAGACCAGUGGGUGCGAAUAUCACAUCUCAUAACAGUACGGAUGUAGAGACAAGAUCCUGUACAAUGGGUUGGGAAUAUGAUAUGAAAGAUUUCACGUCAACCAUCAUCACAGAGUGGGAUCUGGUAUGUGGAAAUAGAACCGAAGACAGCUGGGUCAGUCACUCUACAUGGCUGGGGUCCUGUUGGGAGCCAUCAUUCUGGAGACUUCAGACAAGUAUGGACGAAGAGCAUUGCUGAUCUGGUCUUACUUACAAAUACAGUCAGUGGAAUCUGCACUGCCUUUUCUGCCAAAUUACAUCUCCUACUGUGUGUUCCGGAUCCUUUGGAGGAAUGGCUCUGUCUGGAAUAGGACUUAACACGAACAGCACUGAUUGUAGAAUGGGUACCAACCAAACAUCGCACCAUCACUGGCACCUUGGCUGGAUAUUCAUACACAGUUGGGCAGCUGGUCUUGGCAGGUUUAGCCUACUGCAUACGAGAUUGGCGAUGGCUACAGUUCUCUGUCACGGUUCCAUUUUUUAUAUACUUCCUCUAUUCCUGGUGGUUCCCAGAAUCUGCCAGGUGGCUUGUUCUCUCAGGUAACACAUCCAAGGCUGUUAAUGAAAUGAAAAGAGUAGCCAAGUAUAAUGGUAAGCUGGAGGAGGCUGAGAAGAUAACGCUUGAGUCGCUAAAGGCUGACAUGAUGAAAGAAUUGGCUAGUAGCAAAUCAUCCUAUUCAGUUUUGGAUUUAGUCCGAACUAGCAAUGUGCGGAGAACUUCCAUUGCUGUGAGCUUUGUAUGGUUCUCCACAAGUUUUGCCUAUUAUGGUUUAGCUAUGGACCUUCAAAAAUUUGGAGUCGACAUAUAUCUUAUUCAGGUCAUCUUUGGAGCUGUUGAUUUUCCAGCCAAGCUAAUCUCCACCACAAGCAUGAUCUACAUUGGACGAAGAGUGACACAGUUCUUUUCCCUCGUCCUUGGAGGACUGGCAAUAUUGGCAAACAUUUUUGUGCCAAAAGAGCUUCAGAUAGUGAGGACCAGCUUGGCAGUAUUUGGAAAGGGAUGCUUAGCCGCAUCAUUUAGUUGUGUUUUUCUUUACACCACAGAAUUGUACCCUACAGUCAUCAGACAGAGUGGUCUUGGUUUGGGUAGCACCAUGGCACGCUUGGGUGGCAUUGUAGCCCCUCUUGUGAAGAUCUUAGGUGAAUUCCAUUCCUUCUUGCCUCUGCUCAUAUAUGGAGGUUCACCAAUAAUAUCUGGGAUACUCGUCUACCUUUUGCCUGAGACUGUGAAUAAACCACUGCCUGAUACCAUAGAAGAUGUUGAAACUGGGUUAAAAAAGGCACCAGAAAAAGAAGAGAAGAAAGAAAUUGUGCCUCUACAGACAGUACCCACAAACUCUGUACAUGUGGCCAUUUGAUAUCAGUGGUGCCAAUGAAGCUUGCCAAAAAGAUCACUCUAAUGCUCCCAGAAUACUAAGUACUGGCGUACAUAUGGGUGCUUCUGAGAACUGAAGAGAAUAUAAUCUGAGAAGGGACUGGGUCUUCUUUAGAACCCUAAAACAUACAAAGGCUUCCCUACCGGUGGCAUAAUGCCAGUGUAGCAUUGGCUAAAUGACUAAAAGACCAAUAAAAGACUUUUAUAAUGGAUAUAUACAGUACCAUAAUGCAAGGAGGCUAUAGCUCUUAUGCUAAAUCUUUAUUGUGAUUUUCUCUAAUUAAAAAUAGGAACAAAAUCCAAAUCCCAGGUCAGGAGAGCAGCAAAAAAUAGAGUUAGACAUGGAACCAGAUCAUGAUUUGGGUGGCCUAUAGGUAGGUAAUAGUUCAAUCCCCUUUCUUCUAAUCUAUAUAGGUUUUAGUGAUGUACUAUGCACUGUCCACCUGCACAAAGAAGACUGUUGGUACAAAGCCUGCAUCAUUUUAAUUCAUAAAAAUCAAUCUGGUAAAAAGCUACUGUUCCCACCCUCACAAAGCUCUAAGCAUCUGAUAAUGUUGCUUGGUCAGUAAUUCAGUAAUCCAUCAAACACAUAAAGGGAUCACAUUCUGAAACUUAUUUGUCUAGAUAAACAUCUCAUAGACAUUAGAUGGUUGGCCAGUCCCUCUGACAUUACUGUAAAGUGUAUAGGCCCUUUUAGAAAAAGAAAUGUGAUAUUGAUUUUAGUCAUCAACUGAAAGGAUGAUGUAUUUUAUCCUAUCAGGAAGUGGUUUUAAAAUCUAUGCACGCAUUUGGGGGAAAUUUUUUAUCAUUGCAUUUACUAAUUUUGGGCUAAAAAUCUUUUUCAACUGCCUUUAUUAAAUAUUUUCAACUGUUUUAGUUUUACAGCUUUUAAGUUUAGUGUAUCAGUGUUCAGAGCAGAUCAUUUCCUUCUGGUUUACACAAUGUGUCAAUGAGCUGCUCUGAUGACUUGAUCUGUAGCCCUUAUCUCUGAGCUCCUGACAGCUCAUUAACAUGCAUUUCAGCUAAAUUCUUAUCAAACUUAGCGCUCAUGCACACGCCCAUUGCUGUUUUUGAGGUCUACAAAUCGUAGAUCCACAAUGCACGGAUACUAUCCAAGAGCCUGCCACCAUUUUAAUUUUCACCUGCAGAAAUGUCCUAUUCUUGUCCACAAAACAGAGAAGAAAAGGAUAUGUUUUUUUAGUGUUUUUUUUUGCAGGGAACAACACACAUCUUCUGCGGACCCUUUGGAGUGAAGGGUCCGCAUCUAAUCAGCUAAAAAUGCAGAUCAGAUGCUGACAAAAACCACUGUCUUGUGCAUGAGACCUUAUAAAAUUUCAACUAUAAUGAGUGUUUAUGAACUGUCAGGAAAGAACAUAUUAGGGCUACAGAUCUAGCCAUCAGAGGAGCACCCUGAUGGAUG